CAGACCAAGGGAGGAUUCGCGCUUGACCUGACUAAUGUGACCGUACCUGUCUCUGGGACUCUUUCAAGAGUUAGCCUUCCCUUGGCAACCACUGCCAAGAUCACCAUCCUGAAGACCUAUUUCUCUCUGUCUGAUAGUGCCUACUGCGACUCGGUUACCGUCAAUGGAAAAUGGACCUGCAAUACAUGUUUGCCAUCCUACACUCUUGUAAAGACAUUCAGUACCAGCAGUGAUGUUACUGGUUACAUUGCCAGAAAUGAUAAGACCAAAGAAAUCGAAUUGGUCUAUAGAGGAUCCGGAUCCAUUGACAACUGGAUUACCAACCUCAAAUUUGUCAGAAAGGAUUAUCCCCCUGUUUCUGGAGCCAGUGUUCAUAUUGGUUUCUACGACGCUUACAUCGAAAGUCAAUCUAUUGUCCUCACUUACAUCCGUGCUCAAUUGACAUCUUAUCCUUCUUACAGAGUUGUCGUUACUGGUCACUCUCUUGGUGGUGCUAUUGCUCCUAUUGCUGCAUUGGAUCUUUACCAGCGUGACUCUAGAUUUACCAACCAGAAUCUCUUCAUCUAUACAUACGGUGGUCCUCGUAUUGGUAACGAUGAGUUUGCUUACUAUCUUACUUCCACUGGAAUUACAUAUGAGCGCACUGUCAACAACCGCGAUAUCGUUGUCCAUCUUCCUCCUCAAUCAGUCGGAUACUUGCAUGCCGGUGUUGAAUACUGGAUUACCAGCGACACGUCUGUCGUCAAAAUCUGUGAUGGUACUCUCGAUUCUGACAACUGCUCAAACUCAAUUGUUCCCUUUACUUCAGUCUCUGAUCAC